AUUUACGAGAGAUAAAACUAUAAAAGCUUCAACUUGUAAACUCACAAAUCUCAAAACGUUUUCAACGCGCUGACGUCUGCACGCUCUGGCAGCAGACGAAAGAAAAUGCUCUCAACGUUGAUAAUUAUUGUCUCCGCCGUGCAACUUGCAAGCUGCAAUUAUGACGAAGCAGCUGCCCAGUGUAAAACACUAAAAGCUCAAAUUGAAGCCAUCCUCCCUCUUCUGUUCCACCCUCCACUGAUCUACGACAACAGGAAGUACGUCAUCUCCAAGUUUCCUUACCAAAGUUCUGAAGAAGCCAUGACAUACUGCACAGCUUUUGGCGGAUACUUGGCAGAAGUCAAUGACAACGACGAGUACACGGCCUUGCAAAAUUUUGUUCUAAAUACACCAGCAGUAGACAUUGUGCUCAUCGCUGGGUCUGACGCCAUAACAGAAGGAACCUGGAGGUUUCAGAGAACUGGUGAACUAGUGCCGAUUUUAGAUUGGUGCCCAGGACAGCCAGAUAAUUUGGGAGAGGAAGAUUGCUUAAAUUUGUGGAAACAAUUUGGCGGUAAGAUGAAUGACCUGCCAUGUGGUUUCAGGAGUUCUGAAGACAGGUUUAUGUGUGAGCUACCUAAACUGUACUAACUGAUCAUUUUUGACACCAAAAUGUUUCUUUUCAUUUUUUUACUUUCUGUUAAAAAUUAUAACGUUCUUAUGGAAGUACAAACGCUUAAAAUAAUUUUAGUAUCAAAAUGUGACUUAAAACUUUAAAGUUUUUAUAAGCUUUAUGAUUAAUAAAGUAUUCAUUGCAAAGCUA